AUGGAACAUGAAAGUCGUGGUUUGAGAGACCCAACUACAGGACAAUGGCUCAAUCAAGAGCAAGUAGCGGAGGUCAAGCGAUUCGAUGAAUUUGUGACAAUUGAUUGGGUUGAGGAUGAGCUUCUAAAUCACAGGGACUCGUUAUUAAAAAAUAGAAAUGCUCGGGUGCUAACGUCACUAGGAAUGAGGCUUCUUUCGUUUGCACAGAAUUGGCUUGUACUAGGGGCUAUGGGAAUGAUGAUUGGGCUUGUCGCCGCAUACUUAAGUGUUGUGACUGCUUGGUUAGCUAGUGCUAGGACUGGUUACUGCUCGAGUGGACUUUACCUCAAUAAAUCAUUUUGUUGCUGGGGACAAGAUGAGCAUAACUGCAGUUCUUGGAAUAAAUGGUCGAGGUUUGAGUUCAUUAAUUAUCUUAUAUUCAUAUUAUUAUCAUUGGUAUUUUCCCUCACAGCGGCUGUAUUGGUAAAAUUCUAUUCUCCGGCUGCUGCUGGAUCAGGAAUUUCUGAAAUCAAAAGUAUUGUGUCCGGGUUUGCAAUGAAAGGGUUCCUCGGCUGGUGGACUCUUCUAAUAAAGAGUCUAGGAUUACCACUAGCAAUUGCUUCUGGUCUUAGCGUGGGUAAAGAGGGACCAAGUGUCCAUUACGCGGUGUGCAUUGGUAACUCGGUGGCUAAAACUUUUACCAAAUAUAAGAAGAGUGCCAGUAAGUCCAGAGAAUUUUUGACCGCUACUGCUGCUGCUGGUGUUGCGGUUGCAUUUGGCUCACCAAUGGGUGGUGUGCUUUUUGCAAUGGAAGAGAUAUCGAGUGUUUUCCAUUUAUCAACAAUAAUGAAGUCCUACUUCUGUGCUCUUAUAGCAGUGGGCACUUUGGCAAUCAUGAAUCCUUUUAGAACUGGCCAAUUGGUUAUAUUCGAAGUACUGUAUGAUACUAGUUGGCAUUAUUUUGAAAUCCCAGUGUACAUUGUAUUGGGGCUUUUUGGUGGUUUUUAUGGUAUAUUCGUAUCAAGUCUCAACAUUCGAGUAACUUCUUUCAGAAAGAGGUACUUGAAUAAUUUUGCGAUUAGAGAGGUUUUUUUGUUAGCAUUAUUGACAGCUAUUAUCUGCUACUUUAAUGAAUUUCUUCGACUUGAUAUGACGGAGUCAAUGGAGAUUCUUUUCCACGAAUGCAAUUCAAAGUUCGAACAUCUGAUUUGUUCGCCAGACUCUAAAAGAACAAAUUUAGUGGUAUCUCUAUUGUUUGCAACCCUAAUGAGAAUGGUAUUCACUAUAAUUUCAUACGGUUGCAAGGUUCCUGCAGGAAUAUUUGUUCCUUCUAUGGCUGCUGGUGCUACGUUUGGAAGGGCUCUAGGGAUUAUUGUUGACUAUCUCUACCAGAACAAUAAAAAAUCAAACCUUUUUGCUACUUGUGGUGAUUCUAAAUGUGUCAUUCCUGGAAGUUAUGCCUUUUUAGGAGCUGCUGCUGCUUUGUGUGGAAUAACGCACCUAACAGUGGCUGUGGUUGUCAUUAUGUUUGAAUUAACGGGAGCUUUGAGAUAUAUUAUUCCUACUAUGAUAGUUGUUUCAAUCACCAAAUUGAUAAAUGAUAAAUGGGGUAAAGGAGGUAUUGCAGAUCAGAUGAUCAGAUUCAAUGGAUUACCAAUAAUCGACCCGAAGGAAGAAUUUGUCUUCAACACAAGUGUGGCCAGUGCUUUUUCUCCGGUUACUGUUACUAUUCCUAUUAAAAGUGAUACCCCUAUGACCUUGGGGAUAUUCAAAACGAUUCUUACUAAAAACUCAUUCAGGGGUCUUCCGUUGGUGGAGUCUGAGUUCAAUCCUAAAAUUGUUGGCUAUGUUUCAACUCUGGAUAUCAAGUAUGUUAUGGAGAACUAUCCAAAUGCAGAUGAUAAAACCAUCUGCAAUUUCAAUCUGGGCACUAAGAAUGACUCUCUAGUCGACUUUUCUUCUGUUAUCAAUCCAUGUCCCUUGACUAUUAGUGUUUCCACCAGUUUGGAGUAUGUGCUUGAUGUAUUUGCUAAGUUGGGGCCUAGAUACAUGCUAGUGGAAGAUAAUGGACUUUUAGCUGGAAUUAUUACCAGAAAAGACGUCUUAAGGUAUGAAUUCACUUCUCGUGCGGCUAAUUCCAACGAUACCAAUCAAAAGAAAAGAGAAGAGUUUGAAGCUAAAGUAUGGGGAAUCAUGAUGCUCCUUGGAUCCAAUUUGAAAAAAAAUAUUGGAAAGUUUUUCUACAAUGAUGCAAAUAGAUUUCUCUAA